CUCUCUCUCUCUUUCUUUCGAUCUCUCUAAGCAAAGUGAGCUUGGCUUCGCCGUGAAAAAACAAAAUCUCUCUCUUUCUUCUCCGUUUUGCGAUGCUCGGCACGGUGGUGCGGUGGUGGUUUGGCCGGUGAUCAGUCUCGGAAGAUUUGGCCGGAGAGAUGAGCCAAUCGAAACUAACGAGGACUCAAUCGUCGCUUCUCAGAUCAUCUCCGACGAUUCGAUCGUCGAUUCACAGUCUCUCUUCGAUCACUGAACGUGACUUCAACGAAGCCUUUCGCAACGAUCUCGAAGCAGGCGAGAAAGAGGAGAAACAGAGGAGGAGCAAAAAACAGAGUAAAUCAAUUAACCGAACCGGUUUAAUUCGAAUCAAACCGGGUCUAACCUUCACACUCGCUUCCCUCAGCCUCGCAUCUUUCUUACUCUUCUCCGUCUUCUUCUCUCAAACCGGUACAUCGGAGAAUCUCCUCCUCGGUUUAAUCUUCCUCGCCGUCGCUCUCUUCUUCGCGUCGCGAAACAUGGCAGUUAUCAACCAAACCGUGCUCGCAAUCAAACAAACCAGUAAAAAAUUAACUCUCCGAACCAAACCGAAACCGGUUCAGUGGUACAUCGGCGAUUCGAAACCGGAACAAACCAAACCGGAAGAGUUCGUCAGAGAAGGAGUUCAGCUCUUCAGUAACGGAGAUAUCUACGAAGGAGAGUUCAACAGAGGAAGAAGCCAGGGAAGUGGAGUUUACUACUAUUACGUUAACGGACGUUACGAAGGAGAUUGGGUCAACGGAAGAUACGACGGCUACGGAAUCGAGUCUUGGUCCAAAGGAAGCAAGUACAAAGGACAGUACAAGCAAGGAACUAGACACGGCUACGGAGUUUACUGGUUUUACACCGGAGAUUCUUACUCCGGCGAAUGGUUCAACGGUCAAAGCCACGGCUUUGGUGUUCAGACAUGUGCUGAUGGAAGCUCUUAUGUCGGAGAGUUUAAGUUUGGUGUUAAACAUGGACUUGGAUCUUACCAUUUCAGGAAUGGUGAUAAGUAUGCAGGGGAGUAUUAUGGAGACAAGAUUCAUGGGUUUGGUGUUUACCAUUUCGCUAAUGGUCAUUAUUAUGAAGGAGCUUGGCAUGAAGGUCGUAAACAAGGCUAUGGUACGUAUGGAUUUAGAACCGGAGAUGCAAAAUGUGGUGAAUGGGAUGAUGGUCAUCUCGUUAACCGGCUUCCUCUAGAGACCGGACCGGUUCAUAAAGCCGUUCAGAGUGCACAAGAGAUGGCGAGAAGAGGCGUGGAUCAGAGACGGGUGGACGAGCAGGUGAGGCGAGCUGUAGCUGCGGCUAACAAUGCUGCUACGGCUGCGAGAGUUGCAGCUGUGAAAGCAGUUCAAAAUCAGAUGGAUGGUAAACUUUGUGAACAAUGAAAAUGACAAAGUUAAAGAUGACAUUAACAAAGGGUGUCUUUUUUUUUAUUGUAGCCCUUGUGAUCUUGAAACUAUGAGAAGUUUUCUUUUUAACUAAGAAUGUAAAUGUAAAUAGAAGAAGUCAUGUUCUGUUCAUCUUUUUUUUUUUGUACAAAACUUAUGUGGUUGAUUGAUCUGAAUCACUGACAUGUAGAUUUGUUUA